AUGAUUGGUCUUCCAUUGGACGGUGAUUCCACAAACAAAAGAAGAAAGUACUCUAUCAUUGGAGGAUUGACAUUUGUCAUUUUGCUAGUCGUUUUCUUUUCAACUAAUUUGUUCAACUAUUUGAAAAUUGCACUCACUCCAAUUCCAGGCCCAGACUCCAAUGUUUGCCCCUUGCAGGACCCAAUUGCUCCUGCUUCAUAUUACAAAGACAAUUCGUCGGUGUUGAACAUCUUGUAUGACUCAACGUAUAGAAAAGAGUCUAUUCAAAGAUUAUCGGGUGCUGUUCAAGUUGACACUCAAAUAUUUGACAAUCAACCUGAUGUGGAUGAAGAUCCAGAAGUUUGGGCAAAAUUCAAGAAAUUCCACAAGUACUUGCAAACUACGUUCCCAUUGGUUUAUGAAAAUUUGGAUGUCACCACUGUCAACACUUAUGGGUUGGUGUACACUUGGAAAGGCUCAAAGAAGAGCCUCAAGCCAGUCUUGUUGACUGCUCAUCAAGAUACUGUCCCCGUCCAAAAGGAUUCUUUGGAUCAAUGGACUUAUCCACCAUUUGAAGGUCACUACGAUGGAGAGUAUAUUUACGGCAGAGGUGUAUCGGAUUGUAAGAAUGUCUUGAUUGCAAUUUUGGAAACCUUGGAGCUUUUGCUCAAACAAGGCUACAACCCCAGCAGAACUGUCAUUGCGGCAUUUGGAUUCGAUGAGGAAGCUUCUGGAGUCCGCGGUGCCUCGGCCAUUGGCAAAUACUUGGAAGAGAAAUUGGGUAAAGAUUCAAUAUAUGCUGUAGUUGAUGAAGGUCCAGGUUUGACUACUGAUCCAUUCACCAAUACAGUGAUUGCCACUCCGGGUACGGGUGAAAAGGGAUAUAUUGAUAUUCACGUUGAAUUGGCUACUCCUGGGGGCCACUCAUCCAUCCCACCUGACCACACAUCCAUUGGGAUUGUGUCGGAGUUGGGAUACCUUAUUGAAAAAGAUCCAUACGACCCAAUCUUGACCAACAAGAACCCCAUAUUUGAAUAUUUCCAAUGUGUUGCUGUCCAUGAUCCCAAGAACAAAAUUCCAAAGUCUUUUAAAAAGAUUAUCUUGAGAUCAGGUUUUGACAAGUUUGCAAAUUCCAAAUUGGUUGCAAAGAUUUCCGAGAGUAAAUUAUUGAAAUAUCUUAUCAAAACAUCGCAAGCUUUGGAUAUUAUCAAUGGAGGUGAAAAAGUCAAUGCGUUACCAGAAGACACAAAAUUAGCAGUCAACCACCGUGUUGCUAUUGAGUCCAAUGUCGCCACUGUCAAGCGUCACUUCACUGAACGUGUUGUUGAAGUUGCCAAAAGACACGGAUUGAUUGUGACUGCUUUUGGCAAGACUGUUUACGAGCCACCAAAGGAUACUCCAUAUGCUGGGGAAUUCAAGAUCACUGGAAAUAAAGGCUUGGAAGCUGCACCAUUGACACCAACCGAUGAUACUGUUUGGAAAUACUUGUCGGGUGUUACAAGACACGUUUUUGAAGACUUGGUUUACACAAACUUGACAUAUCCAAUCGCCACUGCUCCGGCAAUCAUGUCAGGUAAUACCGAUACCAGAUAUUACUGGAACUUGACGAGAAAUAUUUUCAGGUAUUCACCAUUUUACGUCUACAAUAUUCUUGUUGGUAGUGGUGUCCACUCUGUUGAUGAGAGAUUAAAGUUUGAUGGACACUUGCAAUUGCACGCUUGGUUUUAUGAGUACUUGCAAGCUAUUGACACUGCAAAGGCCAACAAUUAA